UUGCAUCCCUGUUUAUCAUAUGUUGUUUAUAUUCCAGGGUGGCACUAUGCUGUUCUUAUUCUGAAUAUUAUCGUUAUCGGUCUUAUCUCAUCUGCUGUUAUCACGGCUGUACUACCAUCAUUCAGAAAAAAAUGCCCACGUGCAGCAGCCGUGGUAUAUAACGUCCUCAUAAUUGCGUCAGUUCUUAUUCUUGCUAUAUCUCUUAUGAUAUUUGUUGCUAAUGCGGAGAUGUUGGAAUCAAAGUACUUGAUCGGAGUGAAGAACACCUUUCAGGUUUUUCUUUUUGUGUGA